AUGUCGAACCUGCCAGAUAUUGAGAAGGAUCACGCCGGCAGUGACUCGGUCAAUGGCAAAUAUGACCUUCACCACAAUCACCACGACGAAGACUCCGCGUUGAGGAGAAUUCGGACUGCCGGAAGCAUUUCGAUCACGCCAGAGCUAUUCGAGAAGAUCUAUCUUACUCCCAAGAACCGCGUGUCCAACAACAUUCGGUCUACCUUUGGCAACCCAACUCCACUUGCUAUUGUCGGUUUCAUCCUUUCGCUCACUCCUCUCUCAAACGUCUUGCUGGGAUGGCAGGGCUCUGGAGGACUCGGUGCUGCUGAAGUCGGUGUGUACUACUUUUUCGGCGGUCUACUCAUGGUGCUGGGUGGGUUCCUCGAAUUCAUCCUCGGCAACACCUUUCCAUUCGUCGUCUUCUCCUCCUUCGGCGCCUUCUGGCUCGCGUUCGGUGCCACCCUGACACCUUACUACAACGCCUCAAUUGCCUACCUGCCGUCAGAUCCGGCCGCGUCUUCCUCGGAUCCCGUUUUCGCGUCUACAUUCGCCUUCUUCCACGUUUACAUGGGCGUCCUCUGCUUUGUGUACCUGAUUGUGGCACUUCGAACCAACAUCGUCUUUGUGCUCAUCUUUGCACUGCUCGUGGCGGCCUUUGGGUGUUUGGCCGGAUUCUUCUUCCAGAUGGGCAAUGGAGUCGUCAAUGCGACACUGCAACAUGCCGCAGGAGGCCUCACCUUCGCAACUUCUCUGUUGGGAUGGUACCUCUUCGUCGUGCAACUGCUUGCCGCGGUGGACUUCCCUCUCAAUCUCCCCGUGGGCGACCUCAGCCGCUUCAUCAAGGGUGCAAGUGAAAGAGCCGCAGUAAAGAGCGAGUAG